AAGAGCGCGGGGACUGAUCAAUUCCACGCGCGCGGGGUUUACUCGCGUAUAAACACCGUUUUGAGAGAACCGAGUCCUCUCUGCACGUAUUGCCAAGUUUAUUUCCCUUCACCAAUCCAUCACAUCGGAAAUGGAUAAAUUACCUGCUAUGAAUAUCAGCGGCGGGAACAGUUCGGUGGAUAGACGCUCAUUCCUGGAGAGAAGUGGAUAUCAGCACCUGGACCACGGAGAUCUGAGAGUUUUGAUUCCGGUGGUGCUGGGAGUAAUCUGCGUCCUGGGUUUCACCGGGAAUGUAACGGCUAUUGGAGUCCUGAUCACCAACGCGCGUAAAAGUAAGCUGUCGUUGAUCAACGCACUCAUCCUCAACCUCAUGCUAGCUGAUGGUCUGGUCCUGGCAUUUGCUGUUCCCUUCAAAGCCACUGCUUAUUCCCGUGCCAGCUGGACCCUGGGAUUGUUUGUCUGCAAGACCUGUGACUGGUUCUUGCACUCAUGUAUGGCUGCAAAAAGCUUUACCGUGGCCAUCAUGGCCAAAGCUUGCUACAGGUAUGUCAGUAACCCCACCAAGCAGGUAAGCAUCCGUUCAAAGACUAUCCUGGUAGUCCUACUCUUUACUUGGCUCUUGGCGUGUGUGGUCCCCAUUCCCCAAUGGCUUUUUUCUACCCUGCAAAGAGAAGCAAGUGGAAUGAUUUGUGUUCAAGCAGUGCCAGCCGAUGCCCAUGAUUUCAUGUCCGUGUACGUCAAGGCAUACCCUCUCCUGGCCUACUGCACGCCUUUAAGUUUCGCUCUGCUUUAUUUUUGGAAAGCAUAUGGACGAUGCCAGCGCAGGUCCAGCAAGACCCAGAACCUACGGACGCAAAUCCGAUCCCGCAAGCUCACCCUGAUGCUGUUCAGCCUGACGGUGGCCAUGGCCACCAUGUGGCUCCCACAAUGGGUGUCCUGGGUUUGGAUGCGGCACGCCCUAGAGACCGACGGUGCCUUCCCUCCGGUCCUCUUCACUCUUUCCGCCCAGCUCCUCAUGUUCUCAAUCUCUCUAGUCAACCCUCUCAUAGUUCUUGCCCUCUCCGAGGAGUUCAGAGAAGGUUACAUUGACUUGUGGCGAAGGCUCACCCUCCGCAAACAACCGCCAAAACAACACAAGCCAGGACCACACACCCCAACUGCCCCAAAGUCACCCACCCCAAGACCCGAAAGGUCAGCCCACCUCCCUCCACAACGGCCUGGAAGAACAGAAGAGCAAAAGCCUGAGAAGCAACCAGACCAGAGUGAAGGACAGCAAGAGAGCCCGACCAACAAGGAUGGAAUAGUACUGCAAGAUGUAGAGCAGUUCUGGCAAGAGAGGGAGACUGGCUCCCAGACACAUGAAAAUGACCCUGUGCCCUGGGAACAUCAGGAUCCCAAGGAAGGAAAACAGUAAGAAAGUUGGAAUCUCUGUUCUUUUAAAUUUUGUCAACAAAAAAGGAUGAAACGACAAACAAAAGAUCAGACCUCACCUGAAGUUGGCUCCCCAAUUGUGACUAAUCAUAAGAGUUAUGGAUUUGUUUUUGUGUUUACCUUCGGAAUAAGAUAAAAGUGAUCAAACUGGCUUGAUAUGAUCUAUGAGUAUUUUGAAAUUACUGUAUUAUUUGUAUUGUAUUAUGUUGUUAAAAAAACCAAAAACAAAACAAUGUAUUAUAUUAAAAUGGGUAGCAAUUUCACUAAAGAAACCAGUGUGUGGUGAUGUCUUGUGCGCACAGGUCCACUAAGACGAUAAAAAUGCCGAAAAGCUGUGGAUAGCUCUCUCCUGCCUAUGGUGUUGUUAAAAAUAGAUGUUGAAAUUUUACUUUUAUUGAUAUCUGCAAUUUGCCCCGUUUUAUUGAGAGUGUUUACACAGAUUGAAGUGAAAAUGUCUACAGAAUGAAUAUGCUAUAAAUAAAGUAUCUAGGGGAUUAAAUAGUGUAAAAUAAAUUUAUAUAUAACCUACCAAC